AUGAUUGACUUGGACUCACGCAGUUGCGGACAGCGCAUGGGGAGAUUUGUCCUGCCACCGGGGGAUCCUUGCACCUGUACAGGGGUCAGACUGGGCGGUCAUCACCACCACUACGCGCCUGUUAUGCAGGGACAGGAUCCACCGUUGUAUAUGGACAUGCUGCCGGAGGUGACUGCUGAAGUCAUCGGCGGUUGGUUCAAUUGCACCUCGACCAAGCCGGAGGAGUCGACGCUUGGAGUCACUGAAACCGCCCCAGAGUCAACUUCUCAUGCUGCCCCGGGGUCGACACCUGUUGCAUCGAUUUCUAACGACACGACACCAGUUGUCAGCACCACCUUUGAGCCGUCGAUGCCGCCUGCAGAUUGUCAACAGAUCUUGGAUGCUGGUCAGACAUCUAGCGGCGUGUAUACCAUCCGGCACAAACACCAGAAUAUGCAGGUCUACUGCCGCAUGGAGCCGGAGUCGGGGAAAGGAUACAUAGUGUUCCAGAGACGCAUGGAUGGCUCGGUGAGCUUCAACCGAACCUGGCAGGAGUACGCCGAGGGAUUCGGGAAUCUGACCGGAGAGUUCUGGCUGGGCAACCAACAUUUGCGUAGUCUGACUCGUAACUUUAGGCAGGAGCUGGUCAUCACUCUGAGGGCAUUCGAUGGGGAGGAAGCCCGUGUUCGUUAUGAGAUUUUCAACGUACACUCAUCUGAGGACCAUUACAGGAUUUUGUCGGAUGGCUUCAGUGUGGAGAGUGGAGAUGCAGGUGAUUCACUCGGGUUUGUUAACAGCGACUACUUCUCAACUCGAGAUGAUGACAACGACUCAGAUGGGCAAAACUGCGCUGCGAAACUUCACGGAGGCUGGUGGUACUAUGACUGUAGUGGUAGUAGAAAUAAAUACAGCAAUCUCAACGGCUUGUACUACAACAACGCAACGGUCGAUGAUUACAUGGGGAUACAGUGGGUCUCCUGGAAGGGUAAACAGGUCUCUCUCAAAGGGUGCGAAAUGAUGACACGACCCAAAUGGUAA